CCCCUCAUGGACCAAUAGGAGAAUUUUCUACGAUCCAAACCCCAUAACUAUUUUCAAUUAUCCAAUUGGAAAAUAUGUCUGCACAUAUCAAACUAAAAAUUCUUCCAAAAUCUAAUCUCCGAUGGCCACUCUUUUACCGUCGCUGGAAGUUUCAUCAUUCCCCGCCGGUCGCCUUCCUCUGAGGAUUUCUUCUUACAUAAACCCUAGAAAUACGCAGAAGCUCGCUGUUUCCAGGUUUGGAAAUAGGGGUGCUAGGGUUAGGGUUUUUUCGUAUGUGAAGGAUUUGGAGGAGUCCCCGCCUUUGAAUUCCGAGAAUAAUUUGGGGUUUUACGCACAGUUCUCUGCUCCUGUGCAGACUAGCACCACGUCUUCAUCGACGGAAGUGAACGAGGAAGAGGAGGAGGAGAAGCGGAAUUACUAUCUGAAUACGGGUUAUGCUAUUAGGACAAUCCGAGAGGAGUUUCCUUUCCUCUUCUAUAAGGAGCUAAGCUUUGAUAUCUACAGGGAUGAUAUUGUCUUCAAAGAUCCAAUCAACACGUUUACUGGCAUUGAUAAUUAUAAAUCAAUCUUCUGGGCCCUACGAUUCCAUGGCAGGAUGUUAUUUAGGACCUUGUGGAUUGACAUUGUUAGUGUUUGGCAGCCAGUGGAAAAUAUGAUAAUAGUUCGGUGGACUGUUCAUGGCAUUCCCCGUGUUCCAUGGGAGAGCCACGGUCGGUUCGAUGGCACUUCAGAGUAUAAGCUUGAUAAAGAUGGGAAGAUUUAUGAGCACCGGGUUCACAAUAUUGCUCUGAAUGCACCUCCAAAGUUCCAUGUACUUGCUGUGCAGGAAUUAAUCGAAUACAUUAGCGGUGCCUCAACACCAAAGCCUACUUUCUUUGAAAUCUUUUCCCCUACCUCGAGAAACAUUGCUCCAGUAAUGAAAUCUUCAUGGCUGAGGCGGCACCUGGGAUCAAUUCUAGCCUCCUUAACGAGAAAUGAAGAGGAACAAUCAGACCACCAAACAUAGCAAGUUAAGUGCCAAAAAAAUUGAUGAAUUUCCGCUCUAGAGUCUAGAUUCCAAAAUUGAAUAAUCCAUACAUACAAGUAUAUAUGUACUAAUAUACUCCGGCAGGCAGAAAAACAUAUCUGGUGUUCUUUUUUUCUUUCAGGAGGGCAUCUACUUCUCUCUACUGUAUGCUUCAUUUGAGCUCCAGCUACUGGCUUGUGUUUGUAAACUCUGAAUGUUGUAAAUAUGUGUAUAGUAUAUAGCAUACCACGUGGUUGUUUUCC